GUACAUGUUUAAAAGGAACACUGUCUAGUCACUGAAGCAGAAGACAAGUCCACUAACAUGCUUUGUUCUCAUUUCAGAGAUGGCAGAGCCCAUUCAGCAGCUGACACGGAAUAGGACAGAGGAACGGCAAAGGGUUCCCUUCUUGCUUCUCAGUUGCAAAGAAAAGUGUGGUGAAAUACUGUAUGAGAAAAGGCAAUAUGGAAAAGCCAAAUGGGCCUGUGUGAAGAUGAAAGAGGACAAAUAUGAACAAAGUAUCUGCAUGGGGUUCAUGAAGCUUAUGAAAUACAUCUGUGAGCAGAAUUCUUCCGGUUUAUAUUUAGGAAUGACCAUUCCAAUUCUCACAACCGUGCACACAGAUGAAACUCACACAGGACUCACACGUGUUGUCACCAUAGCAUAUUAUAUCCCCUCCCACCUUCAAGCCGAUCCACCUCAACCCACAGAUCAGGACAUAGUCAUUGAGGAGUGGCCACCCACUGUGGUCUUCACCAGGGAAUUUGUUGGAGUCACCGAUGAGGAGUCUAUUAUGCGGGAAAUCUCCCUGCUGGCAGAGCUUCUAGAGUCCCCUGAGCUGUGUUUGCAGGAUACAUUUAUAGUAGCAGGAUACACGAAUCCCGCAGCUGCCAACAGGAGAAAUGAGAUCUGGUUCCUACAGAGGCCAUGA